AUGGCCGGAGAUCAGGACGAGGAGUCGGACGGGAGCGCGCAGCUGUACCCCCCAUCGGGCGACGAGCUGGGCGAGGACGGCGGAGGGUUGCCUCCUGGGCCCGCCGAAGAUCUGAGGCUCGUCGCAGGUCAGGCGUACACGUCGACUGGCUACAACGCCCAGGGCGACGUCCAGUGCCGCUUCGCGGGGGUCGCCCUUCGCGUCUCCGUCGGAGACGAGACGUACGCGAGGCCGAGGUUCCUCUUCUCGAGCGACCCGUACUGGGACUGGUGGGCUGCAACCCAGGCGAGGGGGCCGUGCCAGAUCCAGCCCCCUUGGGGCUGCUCAGAGCUGGUGCACAUCACAGAUGCGCCCCCCGUCUCGGUCACCGAGCUGCGGGAGGUCUUUGCGUCGCUCCUCCCGGACAACCCGGACGCGGUCUGGCCCUCCGACCUCUUCGGACCGCGGCUCGCUGGCGGGGUGCCGGCGCAGGCGCCAGCCAGGAGGCCGGCCGCGUCGGAGCAGCCAGGGCUGGACGAGCUUUCGAGUGGCGACUUUGUCGAGGCGGAGGGGAGCAGCCGCCGCGCCCGCCUCCGCGGGAAGCUGGAGGCAGCGCAGGAUCGCUUCGCGCGGCUUCAGCAGCAGCGACGGGCCACGGCGGGAGCUGCGGAGGCGGUCGCUGCUCUGGACGGCGAGCCGCCCGCGAAGGUCCCGCGGCAGGGCAGACCGCAGCAGCAGCGGUCGCUCGCCGAGGUCUUGGAGGAGCGCGUGCAGAAGGCGGCGAAGAUCGGGGCAGUCGCCUCGGCCGAGGGCGCCAGGGGCGCAGAGGCGGCCGCCCCCGCGGCUGGACAGGGCGGAGCUGACGUGCAGGAGCUGCUGACGGCCCUCCUCGACGCGCUGCAGAGCGCGUCCAGGUCGUCCUACGACCCGUCCUUCGGCGGCGACGGUGGUGUCGCCACUGCCGAGGGCGACUUCCUACCGAAGGGCCUCGCGUCUCGACGGGCCCACUGCAGGAGAUUGGCACUCGAGCAUCCAGGCAGGCUUGCGGAGCUGAGUCUGGGACAGAUGGCAGAGUUUCUAGGGGUCGAGAUCUACCGCGAGCUGCGAACGAUCGCGGAGGGGCUGGACCUGUUGUUGAGGGGGCGCACGGCCGCGGUCGCCGACAUCCUCGCCCAGCGCUUCAAGGCCAUCCAGGUGGCUGUCGGGGACGGGGGCUGGUCGGCGGCGAAAUGGCUCGAGCUGAUACCGCCGCGGGGCCAGCCUCUCGCGCUGUGCAACGAGGAGGAGGAGAUGAUCAGGAGCAUCCAACACGGGGAGCUCAAGCUGGAGGCCGAGGCGCAGAGGCAGCCAGCGGCCGCAGGCUCCGCGGGGGCCGACCGCAUGAUGGCCGACAGGGCGGCAGCCCCAGCCCGCUUGGUCGUGCUGUCGCGGCCUUGGAAGGGCGCCAAGGCGAAGUACCCGAAGAAGCCUGGGGAGACGGUCAAGGAUUCGCUCACCGCAUCGGGCUUCCAGGACUGGCUGCGCGUGCUCACGGUCGGCGGGGGGUCGAGCCUCGCUGCCGUGGACUUGUCCGUCACGCUGCUGGGCCUUACCAUCACGGACCCUGGGGGUCUGGGCGCCUCGCUGGGGCGAUGGAUUCGCAGCCGAUGCGGCCCUCGCAACGGCAGGUGCCAUUUCGCACGAGUGGCCACGUCCGUCAUGGUGGAGCGCUGGCUUUACAUGGAGGUGCUCGGCCUGAAUCGCACGCACUGUGGGCGGGCGACCGCCACUUGGCAGCACGAGGGGUCCCUCACGCUGGCGCAGCGGCAGGCCAUGGCCCACCUCCUGCCGCGGGCCGAGGUCUUUGCGGAGGACCCCUUCGCGAACGUGAAGGUGCCCGCGCUGUCGUCCGCCCUCCAGCACGCGGUCAUCGACUACAGCGAGGAGCCCACGGUCAAGGCACUUUCGUGCGUGCUCGCGGAGCUGAAGCCAGGCCUGCUGCAGCCGGUGCACGCAGGCGCCUUGGACGCAUGCGAGUUCGUGGAUGCGGACAUCGACGCCUGGCUGAACGACCCCACGGUGGCGCUGAAGCCCAGGGCUGAGUGGCCCAACCCGCUCCCGAGGGCGCGGGUCAACGUCAUCUCUGGCAACGACUGGGAGGCCCUCGUAGUGCACUUGGUGAAGUUGGGCAUCUUUACGGAGCUCGAGCCGCAUGAGGUGUUCCAGGUGCGGGGCGCUCCGCUCCUCAACGGCCUCUUCGCAGUCGAGAAGAAAGGAGCGCCUGGGCCGAGGGCUGGGCGGGUCACCAGGCUCAGCCUCGACAUGGUCCCAGGCAACUCGCUCCUCACGCCGUUUGUCGGAGGGGCGUCUACACUGGCGGCGUCGACGGGGGGGACGACCCUUCAUCUGCCCAAGGGCUCCCUGUUCCCGUGGAUUGGCGAUGACCAGAAGGGGGCCUUCUUUGUGUGGCGGAUCCCGCGCUGCUGGCAUGCUCACGUGGCGGUGGGCAAGGCGCUGCGUGGCGACCUGUCUGGUUGCGCGGCGACGCGGGUCCUGGAGGUCUCAGCUGUCAUCUCGAUGGGUUGGACGCUCGCCGUGCCGCUGUUCCAGCACAUGCUUCGGCGGCUGUGUCGGCUCCCGCCGCCGCUGGGGGCGGGUCUACCACCAGGGGCAGAGUCGCGGAAGGACACGGUGCGGCCGCUCGCUUUAGCUGAGCAGGGCCCCGUCCUUGCAUCUUGGUGUCAGGUAUACAUCGACGACUUCGACGCCCCCAAGACCAUUGACGAGGCCGCGGCGCUGGUGCUGCUUGGCUGCCAGGCAGAGUUGCAGGCUGCGGCCCGUGCCAGCUACGGCCGGGUGCAGGUGGCGAUCUCCCUCGACCAGGCGCGCCUCUGCCAGCUGCGCGUUGAAAGGAUGGGGGCUUCUGUUGACGGAGUCACGGGGCGGAUCGCGGCCCCCCUCAGCAAGGCGUCGUCCGCCUACGGUCUCGCCAUCGCGACGCUCGGCCUGGCCUUGGUCCCGUGCGGGCUGGGCGUGACUGUGCUCGGCCGCCUUGUCAGGGCCUUCGAGUUUCGACGGCCCUUGCUCAGUUUUUUGAGCGCAGUGGGGAGGCUUUCAGAGCCGCGGACAAAGGUCUACCUGACGCGUGAGAUGAGGGAGGAGCUGAUGGCGACGCUCCUCGUGAUCCCGCUCGCCGCUGCUUCGUUGAGGGCCCUCUGCAUCGGGCUGUUCGACGGCAUCUGCGGGCUGGCGGUCGCGCUCUCGCGCCCCCUUGUGCGCAUCGUCGCGUACGUGAACGCCGAGACGGACGCCAAGGCCGGGAGGGUCGUACGGCUCAGGUGGCCAGGCGCCAUUGACGGAAGCGACGUCAGGACCGUGACCGCCCAGACGGUGGAGGUUUUGAGGAUAGCCGACCAGUCCGAAGUCGACCUGGUGGUCGUGGGCGCAGGCAGCCCGUGCCAGGGGCUCACGGGGCUGGGCGCUGCUGGGCGAGGCCUGGGCGACCCCGAGUCCUCGGUCUCCUUCGAGGUGCCGCGCAUCUUCGGGCUGCUGUCAGACGCUUUCGGGACGCGCUUCAGGUGGUUCGUGGAGAACGUCGCGGGCACGGUGACCAGCAGCCUGCGUGGCAUGAGCCAGGCCCUCGGCGCUAAGCUUGUGUUCCUGUGUGCCUCGGAUUUGGUGCCCUGCAGGAGGCCGCAGCUGUAUUGGCUGAGCUGGGGCGCCCGCCCCAUCUUGCCGCUGGUUUUCCAGGAGUGUGAGGACACGUUCGUGGUCAGCUGCAGUGAGCCCCCCCUGUUGAAUUUGGAUUGGGGGGAUCCUGGGGCGCGCUGGAUCGGCGAGCCUGGGCCGUACUCGACCCCCGUAUGCGGCAGCCCCCAAGGAGGCUACCCUUCAGCGCCGCGAAGGUUCAAGAGUGCUUUGGCCGAGGCACUCGCUCGCUGGCAGUUGGAUUCGUAUCGCUACCGUGCUGUGCUCUACGAAGAGAGAAACCUCUUGCAGGACAGCGGCGGGUCUGCGCGGGUCCCUUCAAGCUCCGUGCAGGAGAGGAUGAUGGGAUGCGACGUGCUUUACACGGCGGUAGCCACGGAGGGCUCGAACCAGCAGGAUAGCGCCGACGCCAGGUCCUUCCUGCUGGGCAACAGCUUCAACGUGUUCUUGGUCGCCUGGCUGCUGCAGUCGGAGCUGGGACACGUCGGCGAAUGCACGCCGUUGGGGAACGAGACGGGCUGCUUCGAGAGCGACGCAGGGGAGCCGGAGGUCGAGGCCAGCCGCCUCCUGCUCCUGAGCUACCUCGCCAGGUCCGAGGAGGGCGGGCGCCAUGUGCGUCUCGACGUGUACCUGCCGUACCGACCGAAGGGGCCGAUGCCCCAACGCUGGGCAGCAGCCGCGGCCGCGGCUGACAUGUACCCGCUGAUCGGCUACAUCGUGUCCAAGAGCAAUCCAGCCGACAAGCCAUCGAGAAAGCUGAGGCGAUAUGCCGUUGCGGUCGGCAGGCUCUUGCAGUACUACGGCGCUGAGGAGAGUGGCACGACUGCGCUGGCGGUGGCCAUGGACGACGCGGACAGCUUGGUCGCUAGCUUCCUCGAGAGGCUUCGGGCUGAGGGCGCUGGCAUUGCAGCUGCAAGCAACUUUGUUGCGGGCGUGGAGUCUGCGGCGCGCGUCCUCCCGCUGACUGCAGAGCUGGUCGGCGGCAUGGCGACCUACGCCAUCGCAGCAGGCGCCUUGUGA